AUGGAGGAGGAAACGUACACGCAGCUCCCCCUGCACAUGGACCCGCAGACCAAGGCCAUCUCGGCGCACAACGUCCCCGCGGCGGUCCAGCGCGAGCUCGACGAGCUCAACCAGCUGCACCGGCAAUUCCUCACGCUCGAGACGCCCGGGCAGACGCCGCCGCCGCCGGUGCCCGUCAACCCCAAGCGCAGCGCGGGCAUCACCAAGCUCCGCGAGGCGGGCAACGCGGCGUUCAAGAAGGGCCAGUACGCCGAGGCGGCCAAGUGCUACACCAUGGCCAUCGAGCUGGCGGCGGGGCGGCCGCCGUGGGAGCCGUCGGGCCUGGUCCGCGAAGAGCUGUCGGGCCUGUACGCCAACCGCGCCCAGGCCUACAUGUCGCUGCAGGACUGGGCCUCGGGCGCCGUCGACGCCGAGACGUCUGUCGACCUCAAGCGCGUGCAGAACGCAAAGGCUUGGUGGAGGAGGGGCCGCUGCUUGCUCGAGAUGGGCCGCGCCAAGGAGGCCCGCGACUGGGUCAUUCAGGCCCGCGAGUUCGAGCCGAAUGAGGCCGACUUGCAGACGCUGGCCAAGGACAUCGAUGCGGCCAUUGAGAAGGGCAAGAGCGACUGA